AUGACGAAUUUUGGAGAAAUGGUGUAUUUUCUAGGAAUGGAAAUCAAGAAAGAGCAAAAUGAAGUGUUCAUCUGUCAAAAUAAGUAUGCAAAAGAUAUUUUGACAAAGUUCAGAAUGGAAAAUUGCACAGAGACAGCUACUCCUAUUUGUCAAAAGGAGAAAUUGAGUAAGAAUGAUGAAGCUGAAAAAGUGGAUGAGACUCUUUACAUCAGUUUGGUUGGUUGUCUCUUGUUUCUUACUCCAACUAGACCCGACAUUUUAUAUGAUGUAAGUAUUCUAUCUAGAUUCAAUAAUUGUGCAACUGACUCUCAUUUUAGAGCAGCUAAAACGGUGAUAAGAUAUGUUAAGGGAACAUUGAAUUUUGGAAUCAAGUUCUAUACGAAUAAGAAGUAUGUGUUGCAGGGGUAUUCUGGUAGUGAUUAG